AUGUCUUCGAAGAGAACCACAAUCAUGUUCGACGUCCCUCGGGGCCUUUUCUAUUUUUUCGUUGCGGCAACCACGCUCGAAUUUGGAAGUAGGCAUGAGUCCUCUCCUCCGCCUGCAUCGCUGGGCUUCGCCACCGCUCUGUCUGUCAAAUCGUUUUUCUACAACUCCAAUGCUCGACUUACUACAUCAACCGCGUCGAGCAGCAGUGGCAGUAGUGCGCCGUCCUUUGUACCUCUCUCGUCCUCAUCUUCGCAACACGACAGACUCAAUACCAGAGAGCGACCAACCGACCGCCGUGUUUUACAGGCGUCGGAAGCUGCUGUGCCAGGAGGACGACAGACCGUGCGGGCGCCGGAGCAGGUGCGGAUGUCGUGUGGGGGAAUGGGUAUUUCGCCGAAUGAGGCUGCGGGUCCGAGUAGAAACAAGAGUGGCACGACGACACCGCUAACCUCGACAGACCUGCGGGUCUUUUUUGCCCUGCGCUGGACGGGAUACAAGCCUAAUUUCUUUCGGCAGGAAGUAAAUAAUCCGUCUCGCGGCAGGAAGGCACCUGGAACGUCAAAAGUCCUCAGUACGCCGGUGUUUCCUUGCGCAAUUUGCCUAAAAGAGGACAUUUUCAGCAAUGCGGAUUAUCAUGCGCCAGAAGACCACCCGAUAGAUUCGAGUAACAGAGGACAACAAGGCGGCACCGCAGCAGCGCCCGGAGAAGAGGAGCGAGAGCAGCAAUCUACGCAAAAUAAGCCCAGGAGCUCUUUUUCGGGCGGAGAAUCUAGUACGAUAGCCGGCGGCGCUAGUCGUGUACCAUUCCCGAGUCCCUCCUCUUCCAGUUCUUUUUCCACGUUGCAACCCACGACCGCAAGCCGCGCGUGGUCGCUGCGAAGUUCGUCCAUGACAAACGUGCCUGAAGACGAAAUCUUCCCACACGAUAGGGAUGAACAUGAAGCCACUUGUUCACAACUGCGCCCGCAACCAGUAGGGAGCUGUGUAGUUCGCAGCUCGGGUCAUGCGGUCGUCCAGCAGCAGACUUUGCUGCCCUUCACUGGUCGUGACGAAAGUUCAGUAGACGUCGAUCGUGGCGAAGUUAUCAGUGUUGAUCAGUAG